UAAAUGACGUAAUGCGCGUAAAACAAGAUGGCGAUGUGUUAGGCGCAAAGCGGUGUAAAUGGAUUUAUUGGUAUUAAAGUGUUCCUCUCCAAAGAUGUUGGCGUCGUUCUGCUGUUACAGCAGGUGAAAAAAAAAUCCGCUUUCAGAGCAGAUAGGUGUGUGAGGGGUGUUGGGGAAACACCCGAGAAGGAGCCCACGGACCGUGUUUGUUUCCUGUCGCGAACCGCUGCCAGACAGGAUGGACAGCGGGGACUUCACGUCCUCCGUGGACACUUUAGCCGAGUUAGGAGACGAGUUCACCCUCGGAGACAUUGACGAGAUGCUGCAGUUUGUCAGCAAUCAAGUGGGUGACUUUCCAGACUUGUUUGAGGAUCAGACAACCUCAGCAGGCUCUCGACAUAGUGGCAGCACCCCACAGACUGUCGCUCAAAUUCCUCAAACCUGUCAGACUCCAGCACCCACUGUCUACCAGAACUCCAGCGUUGUCUUCACGUCGGUAUCUCCCCAGUCAGUACCCCUCACCCCUCCCGUCACCCCUGCUCAGACACCCUCCACUGUCGCCGCCUCCUCAGGGCAACAGCAAGUGACGCGCAGUCCACCACUCCUCCAGCCGAGACCUCAGUUGAUGCAGCCCAUCCAGAAACAACAUACAGCUCAGGCCACCAUCCAGUUACACACCCAAGGGAUCCCCAUGAAGACCCAGAGCUUCCCAGUCCACACAUUGGUUCAGACCCACUGCCAGACACCCCUACCUAUCCAGACUCAGGCACCCCAAACUGUGAUGAUUACCUCCAACGGUGGCCAAUCACGUUUUAUCCAGAAUCCUGUCAUCUGCCAUCAAAGCCCCACACCGGGUUUUCAAGUGCUCCAACCACAAGUACAGAGUAUUGUGACAUCACCACAGGUCCAACCAGUGACCAUUCAGCACCAGCGUGUUCUCACCACCAGUGGUCAGACCAUUCAGACUCUGUCUACGGCACCUACCGCGGUGCACACCAUGCAACAGCAAGUGCAGCAAGUACCUGUUCUGGUUCAACAGCCUCAGAUUCUGAAUGCAGAUUCACUGGUUCUGACAACACUGAAACCAGAUGGCACACAGGUGCUGUCCACCAUGCAGAAUCCAACCGGGAUCACUACCUUGACUGCACCCAUUCAGAACACAACUCUGCAAGUCCCGAUGCUAAUGAGCAGCAACAUUCUGACCACUGUGCCUGUUAUGGUGGGAGGCAGUGACAAGUUACCAAUUAAGCAGCUCCAGCAAGCCUCUUCCCAGUGUACAAGUGGAACCAGAGUCAGUGUGGAGCAGAGCCAGAUGACAGGAUGUACAGUAAUCCAAGGAGGGGUGAUAAAGGAGGGUGAGAGGAGAACGACGCAUAACAUCAUCGAGAAGAGAUACCGGUCCUCCAUCAAUGAUAAAAUUGUGGAGCUCAGAGACUUGGUCAUGGGCAGUGAUGCAAAGAUGCACAAGUCAGGAGUCCUGAAGAAGGCUAUUGACUACAUCAGAUACCUGCAGCAGGUCAAUCACAAGCUACGACAAGAGAACUUGGCACUUAAAGCGACCAACCAGAAGAACAGUAUGUGUUUGUUCAUUGAGGUUUAUGUGUGUGUGGGUGAGGGAGACGCUUGUUUUAAUGGUCUGUUUCUCGCAGAGCGUGCUACGUUGUCUGAUAUAGAACUCAAAGAGGAAGUGUUGCUGAUGUCACCUCCUGCCUCAGACUCUGGAUCUAGUUCCCCUCAGCAGUUCUCUCCUUAUUGUAGUGACUGUAAGCCAGGCAGCCCGAUAAUGGAUCACGAUCAGAUGAAGUGUGAGCCUGAUUCCCCUCCUUCAGUUGGUGUUAUGGAUCGUUCUCGUCUGCUUCUGUGCGCCCUGACCUUCCUUUGUCUGUCCUUAAAUCCCCUACCAUCCCUGCUGGGCUAUGAGGCCCCGGUAAGCCCCAGCCUGGGUAUGGGGCAUGGGCCCUCCAGAAAUCUGGUCUGGAUCCCAAGCCACACGCAGGACUUUGCAUCCUGGCUAUGGUAUCUGUUGCCGUGGGUGAUGGUUUGGAUGCUGAGUGGCGUGGGAGCAGUGUGGGGCUGUGUAAGGGUGCUCUACCUGUGGGAACCUGUCACUCCUCUUCACUCCCCAAAAUCUGUCAACUUCUGGAGGCACCGCAAACAAGCUGACCUACAUCUUAACAGGGGAGAUUACACAGAAGCAGUUUCCAGCUUAGAGACCUGCUUGUACAUUUUGACCAGAGCCUUACCCUCAACCAAGCUGGACAUGGUCUGCUCCCUGUCAUGGAAUCUAAUUCGGUACUGCUUGCAUCGGCCCACUCCUCUGGGCUGGCUGGUGCAUCACAUUGGAGGAAAGCAUGAAAGGGAGGAAGCAAGAACUAGUGCGAGGGAUGCAGCUCUAGUUUACCACCGUCUGAGCCAGCUGCAACUCACAGGAAAGCUACCUCGGCGUAGCAGUUUGUGGGCUUUUGCGCUGUCUCUGAGCGCAGUCAACCUCAGUGAGAGCGCUCAGAGCAAAAUGUCUCCUGGCCAGAUCAUGCAGAUCUACGUCACUGCAGCUACAGCUCUACGCACUGUGCUGGGCCACCACCUCUCCUGUCUGCCCGGUUAUCUGCUGAGCUGUGCUGAGGGUGUGGCCAACCAGUCUGAAAACAAGCCCAUUCCUGACUGCCUACGCUGGCUCUUCACGCCACUGGGUCGCCAGUUCUUCUUGAGCUGUGAUUGGUCAGUGAAGUCUGAGAGCAGCGAUGACAUUUACACUUCUCAGAGAGAUCCAGCUGAUCCCAUUGCCCAGCUGCACCGCUGCUUCUGCAGGAAGCUGUUGGAGAGAGCUGUUCACACGCUGAUCCAGCCGCAGAGUGACUCUGUAACUGACAAACGCAAGAAUGACUCUGGGGAGUUUUCUAGCGCUCUCGGAUUCCUUCAGUUGUUGAACAGCUGUACUGAGGAGACUCCUGCCCUCCCUCCUCGAUUUUCUGCGCCUCCCCAUCACACCACUCCUCCAGUAAGAGAUCCAGUAAGUCGUUGGUGGGCAUUGGUCCUGAAGGCUGCUGUUCAUUGGCUGCAGGGUGAUGAUGUAGUCAUUAAAUCACUGCUUGCUGAAGCAGAGCGAAUGCCAAGGAUUCUGCUCACUCUUGACCACCCACUGCCGAAAGCUGUGCUGCUGCUUUGCAAAGCCGUUCAGAUGAGUCUGUCACCUCUGAGGGGAGAGGGGAUCAAAUCUUGCUUGACCCAGUGUGACAGGUCCAGCAGCAAGUUGCAGUCUAGCAUCUCUGUGCCAGUCACCCACUCUGGGAAUCUGCUUAACAAGGGCAUGGAGCUCCUCGUGUGUGACCUUCUCUUGACGUUGAGGACCAGUUUGUGGCAGCGAGGAGGUAGCAACAAUGGAGAACUGGGUCCUGCUCCAGGACUCCAGCUGGCUGGAUUCCAGAAGGACCUGAGUGCAGUUAGAAAGCUGGGACAGUGCUACAGACAAGCAUAUCACAAGGUGUUUCUUCAUGAGACCACAGUGAGGCUGAUGGCAGGAGCCAGUCCCACAAGGACGCACCAGCUGCUGGAGCACAACCUGCGACGUGGGACGCACGGGCGAAGGUGAGUGCAUUCUUGGGGAGAGGGAGAGAGCUCAUGCCAUCCUCCUGGCAUGCCGCCACCUGCCCAUGCCCUUGCUAACCCCGCCUGGUCAUCGGGCCCGCCUGCUAGCUGAAGCUAAGCGCACCCUGGAGCGUGUGGGUGACCGUCGUUCCCUGCAGGACUGUCAGCAGAUUCUUUUGCGUCUCGGUGGGGGCACGGCCAUUGCUGCAUCCUGAGGAAGCAAAUAUGUUUGCAGAGUGCUCCACAGAGUAACUCUCUGAUUGGCUACAGUAUGUACAGAAAUGUACUCAUCCACCAGUGAUGUACAAAUUGUAUAUUUAUUAUUCAUUUAAACCUUCAACCUGGUCAGAAACCAUGACGACAGAGUUUUCAUCUUUUCUGUCUCACCCCCACCCACCACCCACCCCCCAGUGCGUGUGUGUGCGCAUACACACACACACACACACACACACACACACACACACACACACACUUUCCUCACCUUACAUAUAUUAUUGCAGCACAAUCGCGCCACCUUCUGGGCAUUAAUGGUUCCACGCAGGCUUAUUGCUUUUUUGUUUUGUUUUUGUUUAACUACAGUACAAGACAAACCAGGUUCAAAGGGACCAUUAUCUGAUUGCUGUUUAAAUGAAUGCACUGUAUUGAUUAGCUGUGGGUUAUCGAGCUGUACAAUCAUUAUUAGCACAAAGCAGUAUGAGCUCUAAAACAACUAACGUCUCAUCCAACCUGCACGUCUCAGUUAAGGGCUUCAGACUUAAACAGCUGCGGUCUGUUUUCUUUUUUGUGUUAACUCUACAGUGCUGAGUAGUCUCUCUUCUUAUCUACCUCAUACACUGUAUAAUGCUAUCAUUGUCCUGUAUGUGUAGAAUAUGAUACUUAAGCUUAAAGCUACAGUGUGCAGGAUGUAGUGCCAUCAGCUGGUGAGGUUGCAGAUUGUAUUAAGCUGUUGCUGUUCACAAUUUUCCCUUCACUGUUUCCUUUCCUUGGUGAUGGGGAUUCAUGCUGCAUUGACUUUUAUUUUUUCUUGUUAUAAGUGAGGUGUAUGAUCCUCCUUUCACUAAAAUGAGGGGUCUCAAACUUGUCAGCCUGCACUACACUAGUGAACAGUUAGUUAUUAAUGUUUUAUUCCAUUUCUACUAAUAAAUGCUCCUCAGUCCUACACACUGUAGCUUUGAGGUGCUUUGGAUCAAUGCCGUGUGUUUCUCGGAGUGGCUUCCUGACCUUCUUUAGUUACACUUUAAAAUGCAGCACUUUUUUUGUUUGUGAAGAACUGCAAGAACAACAGACAUCGCUUGGUGGCAUGAUGUUUACUUUUAAAUGAGGAAUGAAUGAAUGGAGUAAGCAUAUUUUAACACAU